CUGCAUUUGUUAUACCGAACCUUAAAGCCAGAGAAGUUCCCAGUGACCCUGGUCUUCCUCUCAGCUUUUAGAGAUUAUACCUCCCAGCUGGAAUCAGUGGGUUAUGCGGUGAAAAUAAAUUUGCUCGCUUUUGUCAGGAAGUGUCCAAAUGAAUUACCUCCGCAGUGUGACAAACAUGAUGUCUUUAUGUGGGGCUGUGCAGACUGAAAGGAAGAAACUUGACCUCAUAUGAAAGAGAGGAGCCUGAAGGCUGGAGGACUGUGGCGGUGGAGGCUCCACAGUUAAAGCCAGCGAGCGACACCGGAUAUUUAUCACUUUUACCUUCAAAAUAAAAGGUCGGCACGCCCUGACAAACAGGAAUCAAGCUUUUAUUUUUGAAACUCCUUCCCGGAAGUGGUCCCCUGCUCAUCGUGGCUGCCUUGACAUUGGUCCCUGUCCAGAAGCGGGCCGCUGGGUGGAUGAUGACGGUGUCGGUGCUGCUGGUGCUGGAGCUGAGCCUGUACACCUGCUGCUUCGUCUGUGGGAUCGUCGCCGCCGCCUCCCUCACCAUCGUCCAGGGUAACUUCGGCGGUCUGUGCAUGCUGUAUGGACGCGUCAGCUACAAUGCGACAGGAAGCGUCGUCGGAGUCCAGGCUUCCACCUCUGCCUCUCUGUGCUACUUUGUGUCGGCCAUUUCCAUAAUGGUGGCGGUGGUGUGUUUCUCCCUGUCUGUGUACUGGGUGUACGCUUUCUGCAUGGAGGGAGAAAUGAGAAGGGAGCGCCUGUGGCUGAACGUGAUGGUGUUUGUGAGCGGCAUCUUUCUGUUCUUCCUGCUCAUCACCGGCUGCAUGCUGAAGAUCGGCCGCGACUCGCUCUGCGCCUCCAUCCUCCGAACCGUUACCGACGUCAAAAGGUGCUCACCUUUUCCUCCUCUGGUUAGAAACCAGACAGGUUGUGACGAAGUUCAGAGCAAGAAUUGGGUCAGUCCACUUCAAGGAACGAGGAUCUAUACCAACCUUCACAAAUCAGAGACAGCGGUCUGGGUCAACUUCUUCUUCUGGAUCAUUAUUGGGGCGUUGGUGAUCGUCCAGAAGCGCCAGAGUUCGGGGGCGAAGAGUGUUCCCACGCCGGCCGGGUCCCUCUUCGGCGAGCCGGGGGCGACCGCCGCAGAGACGGAGCCGUUCUUCAACCGGCCCCCGCGGCCGCAAUAAUACCCGGUGACCGCUGGGAAAACUGGAGAUGUUUCUUAUUUUAUACUACGUACAUUUCAGGUUUUUCUGUAAUCAGCAGCGUACUUUAGUGACAGUAAUCACAGUUUGUGCUUUUGGCAUUGUAAUUCAAAGAUUUAAGAAUGUAACUAAAGCCAAUUUAGUUUAUUUGUUUGUAUUUUUUAAGUUGUUGAAUCAAAAACUUUGUUUUUCAGCCAAAAAUCGGGAAACCUUUAUUGCUGCAACUUAUUUUUCAUAAUCUUUACCUUCAAUUUUGUAAAAAAAAAAAAAUCAACCAAGUUUCGUUUCAGUAACACUGAGAUAACUUAAGACUCUAGAUAUGAUACAGACCUUGUGUCCUUAUGUGAGUCAGAAAUGUUUUUUAUUCACCUAAAUCAAGUAUUAAAUAUCAAUAUAACCUCUGAAGCUUCAAAUGUGAAUGUUGAUAUUACUUGAUGUUUUUGUGUUAAAUCUGUAAAAGAAGCCCUUAUUUGAGAAGAAAUAUUGCUAAAUGUCUCCCCCUGCUGGCCAAUACUAAAGUCAUUUGUACUGGAA